GAAUUCCUCGUUGAGAGUUUUACUUCCAGCUCGUACCAGUACUGCUGUUAAGUUGUGCUCGAGGCAUCUGCGACGCGUCACAGAACAACUUUUUGCUGUUCUUCUGUACAGUUCUGACGCACCGUUGUGUACCCAUUUCCAUUGGUGUCGCUCUAGCUUCCCUGAGAAGCGGGAACAGGAAAAAAGCAGGUUCACCGUGACAGGCUCACUCGUGAAAAACCAUACCUGUCAAAUCCGCGGUGCACUUGCGCAAGGGUGAGGAGACACACACCAAUAUUCUUUUCUUUCUUUCGCUUAUUCUUCUUCUACGAAGCAUCUUCUCUCACAGUUUUUUUUUUCAAAUCGCUUCAGGAUCUUGUUUGUUGAUUUACUGAGCUAACCCGUUCACUUUGCCGUUGCGACUGGCUCACACUUUGCAACGCAGUAUCUUUCUCUACCUGUUUACGUAUAUGUAGCUGGAUUACAGGUCUUUGUUUGCAUUUGUUUGCUUCACUGCGCAGUGGUCCCGCAUAGCCUUUCUCUUUCCUUGUUGUGCUGCAAAGGGAAGAAAAUUUAUCAUUAUUAUUACUAUUAUUAUUAUUGGCCGUGUUUGUCUUUGUUUUCCCGUAUUUUUUUUCUCUCUUUUUUCCCCUUGGCGACGCUGCGUAGAGCCGUGCAAGAAGGCGAUUUAGCCAGCACGGGAGUAAAAUCUACAACGCAUCUCCCUCGUGCCGAUAAUUAAUUUUUUUUUUGAUUAUUGUUAUUAUUAUUUGUCUGUGUGCUUGUUUGUAGAGACCGCUUUUUGUUUUCGCCGCUCUCUCUCUCUCGGCAUAUCUCAUUUUUCUGUUCUUGCUUGAAAGCAGACGGACCCGCCCGCAGCGUCCGGUUUCCUGCAUCAGCCUCUUAAUUUAACAUCUCCCCUCUUUUCUUUAUUCCCGCGAACACCUCGCAGAGAGGGAAAGCCACACGCACUCGCAUACGCAGAACCAAUCGUAGCCGCAAUGAUGCCAUCACCGAAAUCGUUGUCCGCGGCGAAGGCGACCAACAAGGCGAACGCCUCACCUUCGCGCAAAGGCUCCGCGACCGCCGCCGUCUUGAUCCCGACUAUGGAGGCCGCCCCGCGGCUGAACUCCCACCGCCCCGUGAAAGCGAGCGACAAGGCCGGCAGCGCGCGGUUAGAGGGCGUUGAAGUGUUUUCCACCAGGCCGCGCGCCGUGGUACCGCAGGCGAUUCCGCCCGCUAUCCGGUCCUCUGCCCCAGCCAAACUGCCGUCUCGCAAGGCGCGCUCGACGCCACCGCUUGACGCCGCUGGCAACAAUCUCAGCAACCGCAACAUCGGCAGCUCCUCUUCGUCCAUGGCAACGGAAAGGGCGGGGCAGCGCAGCGAGCCGCCUGCCCUCCCGCUGCAUCGCGCCACGACCUCCCACGACAUUUCUCCCAGCGAUAGUGAGGAAAGCGAGGCGGGCAUUGUCGAAUCCUCUCGCAGCUACCUAACGCGUCUUUCGCUGGAGGACGCGGUGGUGGCGCUGGAGCGGCUGCGCUUUCUCAUGAUGUCGCACACCGCCGCUGUGACAGGGAGUCAGGCGGACAAGGCGGAAAGCGCCGCGGUACAGCCGCCGCAGCAGACGCACGUGGACCCGUUCAAGCUGAGCAAGCGACCGCUGGAGGACAUCGCGGAGGAGCUGUGCUCGCAGCUGCGCCGUCUCACCACCGCCUACGCCGUCGCGUCCGCAGCGGACCGCUGCCUACUCGGCGUGUCCGAUGGGCGCCCUCCCUCGCAGCCCUCCAUUUCCAUCCCGUCUGCGCAGGAGAAGCUGCUCGCAGCGCCGUCCUUUGACGCCGCCGCUGGCGGGGUGCAGUUGCUCGGCACCUUCGGGCCGAUGGUCUCGACGCAGCAGCUGAUGACGACCGUCCGUUCCAACGCGGGCGACGGCAACUUUCUCGAUUCCCCGAACUCGGUCGGCUCGGAUGGCAGCUGCGGUGCCAUUGAUCUGCACAAGCCGAACCCUGGGCCCCGCAUCGCUUACCCACCGCGCGAGUGCAGCGAAGGCGCGCUGGACUUCGGCUCCACGGUGUACAAGUACCCGAACGGCACGGUCGUUACCUUUCCCAUCUCCACCUUCGGCGAGCUCGUCAGCACCGAGAGCGGUCAAGGGACGACGCUUCGCAGCCGAGGCAACACAUUCAUGAGCACGGAGCGCCGCAUCACCGUGUCGGACGGGACGCAAACCGACGAUUCACUAGGGCCGAUGAAAAAGGAAAAGGAGCUGCAAGCGUACGUGAAGGCCCUCGAGGCGCGACUCACGGAGAAGCAGCGCCUCGAGGCCAUGCGGGAGUCGCGAGGGACGAAGAAGAGCGGCAAUGAGGACACGCUGUCGCGGCUGAUACACUCUGUCGGGAAUGCGAAGGCACAGACUGCCAAACAGUCGUCCACGAGCGCGCACGCGCACGGAAAGGCUAGCAACCAUUGA